AUGACAAGCCUAUUAGACCUCCCGCCAGAGAUUAUCCAAGGCAUCUUCACCCUCGCCGACCAGCCCUCGAGAAAACAACUCCGUCUCACCAGCGCCUUCCUCGGAGCGAUCGGCCAGCCGUACGUCUUUCAAACCAUCAGAAUCAAACCCGGGAAAGAAAGCCAGGAGAAAUUCAAAAACAUCCUCAGCCGUCCGCACCUCUCCAGCUCAGUGGCCAAAGUCUGGUUGGACGCCAUCGUGUCGGAUGAUGGGAGCGUCGAGGCCACAGAGUAUUUUGACUCCUGGCAGCGCGAUGUUGUCGCGAAGCUCCACGACCUCCCGCGGCUUCAAAGCGUCGUGCUGCAUUUUGAGGAUUCUAUCGAAGAAGAGGUUUUGGAGACGGAGAUAGCCUGGCUGGACUGGACUUCGAGGCAUACGAUGCAUACCUGCAGUUAUCUUUUCGAGAAGGUUAUGCCGACGCUUGCCUCUUUGCCUGGACUCACGGAGUUGGGAAUCAAGGAGCUACAGAAUAUCGCCAUUACUGAUCCCAGCGUUACUGAAGAUCUUCGCCAGGUGCUAGGGAGGUUGCGGUCGUUGAGGCUCAACGUUGCGCAUGAGCAUACGCGGCAUUAUGAUGAUGAUAUCGAUCUAGAGCAAGUCCACGUCUUCUUUACCACCCUCCCAUUAUGCUGGCUGAAGCCGACGACCGCGAACCUUGAACACUUGACCCUCUACUCAACUCUAUACUUCGGCUUCUACCCCAAAUGCGACCACUCGGCAACUACACCUUCGCCCACGACAAUCAACUAUCCUGGAUCCUCUCGCAUGGCUCAACCCUCAAGGAAAUCUACCUAG